GCCAUGAGAAGAAGCCAGCACCACACUAAACACACUGCGAAAUAUUUCCCAAACGCUCCUGGCAGCGUGCGCACUGAUGGGCCGGAUGUUAAUGACGUCAAAAAGAUGCGACUCUGUUAGCUUGACUGGCUGCUUGGCAACCCGAGCGAUAAACUCAGAUAGAAUCAUGUUAAACACGGCUUUAAGCUCGUUUGGUGCUCAGGUUGUGUUGGCGACGUCCAGCGAUGAGAAUCAUCCGCCGGAAAACAUGGUUGACGGAAACAUGGAGACGUUCUGGCUAUCGACGGGAAUGUUUCCUCAAGAGGUCAUCAUCAGAUUCCCGGAUAACAUGAAAAUAUCGGUGAUAUCCGUGCACAGUUUUAAUGUGAAACGAUUAAGAAUUGAGAAGAGCACACAAGCAGAGACUGAGAAAUUUGAACUCAUAGCAGAGAGAGACUUCGAACAAACGGAUGAAAGUCUACAAAUCAAUGAAAUAUCACUUGACGGCUCGAACGCAACACAUCUGCGCUUUCUCAUCCUCUCUGGAUACGAUCAUUUUGUCUCAGUUCACAAAGUGGGGAUACAGGCAUAAGAAUGACUAAUGAAUCAACAGGAUUUGGAAAGUAUGAUUUUUU